CGUGUCAAAGCGUCACUAACAACUCGAAAGCGUCAAGUACCAGCAAACGACUUUGUUAGAUAUCGGCAAAAAAAGUUCAUAUCUACCUACAUAUUUUCAAAGUAUUUAAACGUUUUGCCUUCAUAUUAAUUUCUAAACAUUUGCAGUAAAUGUUUUUCGGCUAUGUUCCACUACAGUGACGACUUCCCGGAAACUUCUUGCGAUCGCUUCGUCUGCUAGUGCUGAUUAUCACGCAUGUGGGCUUUAUGUCACAACAAAACUUAGGUUUAUUGGUCAUUGAAAUACUAUGGCAAUUCCUAGACUGUUUCGGUUCUUGGCUGCGAUAACAUUGUUCCUAUCGGUAUGGUUAUCCUAUAUGACAGGCAUCAUUCCCAUACGCCUUUCACAAAGCUUCAGUGAAGUUGUCACUAUACUGCCAUUGUAUCUACUGAUAUCAUUUGCUUGCUUUUCACUUGCUGUGGUGGGCUACCGAGUAGCUACAUUCAAUGAUUGUGUUGAGGCAUCAGCUGAGCUGAGGAGGCAAAUGGAAGAAGCCAAAGCGGAUUUGAGGAAGAAGGGAUUUAAAUAUGCCAAUGAAUGGAGCUGACUUCCAGCAUAUCACAUGCUGCUGACCAUCAGAUAACAUUUGUGUUCAUUGUGCACCCUUUCCAUCAUGAUAUAAAAUAGUAAAGACAUUGAGCAAGUCAUCAAUUGAAAUCUUGUAAUCAUUUAUUAUAAUUUGGAGCACUUGUCUAGCAGUAAUAAAAUAUGCCUAGCUGCUUA